UUUUCACAGUGGCGUAAAGCAAGAAGUCUGAUUAAGGAGCAAUGCUGUUGCUGUAUUUCUGCACUUGAGGAUAGAAAGCAUUUCCUUUAUCCUUUCAAAGGGUUAAUACAAAUCCAACAAGGUGAGUCCUGCUUAAGAUACAGACCAAUGACAGCCUAAAAUGCCAGGUUUCAUAAACAUGCCUUUCUCAUGAAACAGACUACUUUGCAUUCAUUGUGUUCCCUCCAGCGCUUCCAAAUUAAAGGAAGCAAAAACUGAAAAACUUUUAGCUGCAAUAGCAUUGUGCAAGCAUGAAAUGUUUCAUCCUACAUCAAGAAGCACUUUCCUAUGAGGCUUGACAAAGGCUGUCACUUUCUCGCAAGGUUUAGCGUUUCAUCAACAUUGAAUUUAUCUCAGAUUUGGACAAGACAUUCCUUGGUCACUUCCGAAGAGGAGAAAAAGACCGGCUUGUGUCGGGCGGAGUUGGCCUGAAUUUCCAUGAACGCUUCAAACAUUUUGCUUAUAAAUUGCCAACGUUGUUCUUAACUUGGUUUUGAUAUUUGAUUCUCCUGAGAUCCAUACCCGUUACCAGACUCUUCGUUGGAGUGUGGAUCAUGGAUGCAGCAGGAGCAAAGCCAAUGACGAUAACCUUCACAGUCUGGGAUUAUGUCCUGUUUGCUGCAAUGCUCCUGAUUUCCACAGGGAUUGGGAUAUUUUUCCUCACUCGGCGAGGCAGCCAGCAGAGGAAAGCGGAUGAGUUUUUCACAGGAGGCCAACAGAUGUCAGCGCUGCCUGUGGGUCUGUCCCUGUCAGCCAGCUUCAUGUCUGCAGUCCAGGUACUGGGGGUCCCUGUUGAAGCAUACAGCUAUGGGGCUAAAUUUAUUCAAAUGUGUCUGGGCCAGACACUAAAUGCUGUCCUGACUGCCUACCUCUUCCUUCCUGUUUUCUAUCGCUUGAGAUUGACCAGCACCUAUGAGUACCUGGAACUGCGUUUCAGCAAAAGCCUUCGACUGUGUGGGACCAUACAAUUCACAGCAGCCACGAUCCUGUACACUGGGGUGGUCAUUUAUGCACCUGCACUGAUAUUAAACCAAGUUACUGGUCUUAAUAUCUGGGCAUCCCUGCUGUCCACUGGAAUCAUCUGCACAUUCUACACAACCAUGGGAGGGUUGAAAGCUGUGAUCUGGACUGAUGUCUUCCAAAUCAUCACCAUGAUGUCUGGCUUCAUUGCCAUCAUGGUUCGUGGCACCUACUUGGCUGGAGGAACCCAUGGUGUUCUGGCCACUGCGUACAAUGGGUCCCGCAUCAACUUUGGAGAUUUUGACCCGGAUCCAAGGAGACGCUACACCUUCUGGACUUUUGUCAUCGGUGGAACUGUGCUGUGGUUAUCCAUGUAUGGAGUGAAUCAAUCUCAAGUCCAGCGCUACAUAGCCUGCAAAACAGAAUCUCAGGCCCGGCUCGCGAUCUUUGUGAACCAAAUUGGGCUGUGGAUGAUAGUGACAAGUGCAGCGACCUGUGGGAUCAUUCUGUUCGCCCUGUACAGGGACUGUGAUCCUGUCAAAGCAGGACACGUCACUGCACCUGACCAGAUGAUGCCAUUCAUGGUACUGGAUAUCUUUCAGAACUACCCUGGAGUUCCAGGAUUGUUCCUUUCUGCAGCAUUCAGUGGGACAUUGAGCACAGUAUCAACCAGUAUCAAUGCUAUGGCUGCAUGUACCGUGGAGGACGUAAUCAAACCCAGGCUGAAAGUAUUGACUGAAAGGAAGCUGAUUCUAAUAUCUAAAGGAUCGUCCCUGUUGUAUGGGUCUGCCUGCAUUAUUUUUGCUGCAUUGUCUUCCCUGCUCGGAGCAGGAGUCUUGCAGGGGUCCUUCAUGGUGAUGAGUGUCAUCAGUAAUCCUUUGUUGGGAGCAUUCAUUCUUGGCAUAUUCGUACCUGCUGCUAACACUGUGGGUGUAUUUUCUGGCUUAGCAGCUGGAUUUGCCAUUUCUCUCUGGCUGUCCAUCGGGGGCAUUCUGUACCCACCCACACCUGAGAUAAUGGGGGUCCUGCCAUUUAACGCAGACAGGUGUCAUCUUGCAUACAAUCCCAACACUACAGUCAAUGGCAGUGCGUGGCUCAUUGACAAGGUGAUACCCCAGUCUGGACUGAGCAAGAGGCCCAACAUUGUGGAACAGUUCUAUGCCUUAUCUUACCUUUACUAUGGUCUUCUGGGAACAUUAACAACGGUGAUCGUUGGUAUUGGAGUCAGCUAUUUAUCAGGACCAACUAAGAGAGAAGAUAUCGCUGAUGGUUUACUCUGGUGGGAUCUUUCGAAGAAGAAUCCAGUUUCUGAAGAGACAGAACAGUUGAAUAAGACAGAGCUUCCUGCUUUGGAAAGCAGCAAGGCUGCUCUGAAACAGACAAGCUCAAUGGUGUCAACUGUUCCAGCCCAAGACAAAAUAAGCCUGGAACAGUCAUCAGUCCAGGACGUAGACUGCACUGAGUGGAACUGCAACCCAGAUCGAAACAGCCCCCCGAUCAUGUUUGACUGUUAUUUAUCUCCUCUGACAGAAACCUGUGUUUGAAGCUGUGUUCCUCCUAACAGAGGAUCAGCAUACUCGUGGCUAUUGGUGAGCUUCACAGUGCCUGUUGAUCGUAGAUUUAUGACACAUCCUGCUACUUUGUAAAUCUGGUCUCAGUUCAGUUCUUGCUUGUGAUUAGACCACCAAAUAAAGCUAUCUCGAAUUGUCCAGGCAGACGAGAAAUGAGCAGAACUUCAUCAAGUUGUAUUAUCAGUGCGUUAUAGAAAGGAGGUGUUGCAGGUAGAAUUACCAAUAGAAAAUCAUUUGAUAGUAAGGAAAACUGAAGCUAAAAUACAAAAACAUUUUUAUUAGCCUGGAUUGCAUAAAGAUGUGGUAGAACUUUGCCAGACAAGUUCAUACGUGUCAGGUAAUUGAAAAACCUCCGGCAGUGAUGAAGCCAAUACCUUUAAUACCCAUUCCCACAUUUGAGGAACCUUGUAGAAGAGACUUAAUUGAUGGCAUAGGACCCCUACCUAAAACAAAAGGUGGGAAUCAGUAUUUGUUGACCAUAAUGAAUGUGUCUUCUAGAUUUCCAGAGGCCAUUCCUUUAUAUUACAUCACAGCUAGAAGAGUUACUGAAAAUUUUUACAAGAUAUGGACUACCCACAGAAAUUCAAUCAGAUCAAGAAUCAGAUUGUACAUCAAAAUUAUUCAUGGAAGUUAUGGAUAGUUUAGGAAUAAAACAAUUCAAAUCCGUUGCAUAGCUUCCAGAAUCGCAGGGAGUGUUAGAACAGUGGCAUCAAGCCUGAAAGACCAUGUUGAGGGGUUAUCAUCAAAAUAAUCCAGAGGAUUGGGGAAAAGGAUUUCCAUUUGUAUGUUUUGAAAUUAGGGAUGCACCUGAUGAAUCCACCAAAUUGAGUCCAUUUGAAUGAGUUCUCAGACAUAGGCCAAUUGAACCAUUAAAAUUAAUCAAGGGAAAAUUGUUAAGUCAGAGUUCAGAGACCACAUAUUGGACAAUGUGUCAAAUUUUAGAGUGGGUGAGUUGCGAGACAGCAUUUAAAAGUAGCACUGCAAGGGAUGAAACAGGAAGCAGACAAGAAAUCAAAAAUUUGUAAUUUUGCUAGUGGGGAUAAAGUGUUAGUAUUACUCCAAGUGGCAAGUGAGCCUUUAAAAGCAAGGUUUAGUGGGACUUAUCAAAUAGAAAGGAAAUUCAGUGAGGUGAAUAGUUUCAUAAGAAAACCAGAUACAAAGAGUUUCAUGUGAAUAUGCUAAAAGGGUAUUUUGAUGGGGAAGGAAAGCAACAGAGUGAAGAACCAAAUUAAGAUGAUUCUGAAUUAGAGAUUCUCUAAAUUAAAUUGGAUAAUGAAGAAGUUCUGAAACGAUGGAAUAAAUUAUUAAGUUAUUUUCUAGAUAAAAAUCAAAAUGACCUGAAAGAGUUAUUACAACCACAGGGGAGAUGUGUGGGAAUAAGCUGGGAAGUAAUAAUCUGAUUAUGAUUUAUAUAGAUGCAUGAAAUGCUGUUCCAAUUAAGGCAUAUCCUUAAAGACUUAAACCUCUAAAGUAGACACAGGUUCAAAAAGUGAUUGAGCACAUGCUCAAAGGCAAUAUAAUUGAAAGGAGUUGCAAUGACUGAAGUUCAUCUGUAAUAAUGAUGCCAAAACCAGAUUGUGUGUGUGGACUAUUGCAAAAUCAAUGCAAUUACAAAGUCAUGCCCUAUUGCAUGGCUGGAAAACUAUAUUGAGAAGGUGGGACAAGCAACUUAUUUUUCAAAGCUGGACUGACUCAGAGGACAUUAGCAGGUACCUUUAUUCAAAAGUGCAAAAGAAGUUUUGGCUUUCGUGACACUGAACGGACUACACCAGUUCAAAGUCAUGCCAUUUGAUAUGAAAAAUGCUCCAACUACAUUUCAAAGACUAACCAAUAAAGCCGUUUUGAGAUUGUGUCAUACACAUAGAUGAUCUGGUGAUUUUUAGCCACACAUGGAAGUAACAUUUGGAGCAUUUUUUAGAAUUGUUUGAUCAAGUUUGGGAGGUGGGCUUGGUAAUAAAAGUGGCUCAGAGCGAAUUUGCAAAAACGCCUAAGUCAUGUUACUGGGCCAUGUUAUAGGACAUGGGUGGAUGGCCCCAGGGAAUGUGAAGACAAAGAUUAUUGGUUUCCAGACCAUCAACAAAGAGGGAAGUAUCACCAUUCCUGGAGCUGAGUGGGUUUUAUUGCAAGUUUACACCGAGUUUCAGCAGUGUGUUUGCUCCAAUGUCUGACUUGUUGAAGAAGUGCAGAAAAUUUCAGUGGACAGAGGAAUGUUAGAAAGCAUUCGACAGGCUGAAAGCUGUGUUAACCACUACCCCAGGGUUAGCCAUACCUAAUUACACAAGGCCGAGAGGCUUUCGGUGCGAGUGACAUGCGUGUUGGUUCUGUAAUCUUACAAGAGGAUGAUGAGAAGAUCGAAAGACCUGUUGCGUAGUUCUCCAGACAAUUGAAUAAUCAUCAACAGAAAUACUCCACCAUUGAGAAGGAGACCUUGAGCUUGGUGGCUUGUGUUGCAACAUUUCGACAUAUAUAUUGCCAGUAAUGUGUUUGACACAAUUGUAUGUACAGGUCAAAAACUCUUAAAGGUUUUGGAAAAAUAUUAAGUAUAAAAUACCAAGUUAUUUAGAUGGAGCUUAUUAUUGCACCUUUCAAUUUGAAAACAAUACACAUGGCAAGAUGAGAGAUCGUAAUUGCCAACAUGUUGUUGUGACUUUGAUGAAGAAAGACUGAUGUGUUUGGUGGUGGGAAGAAACAGAUUGAAAUGGGCUGUAGUAGUGAAGGUUUAUAUACUUAGAGUCGGUAUAACGUGUAUGUAUUGUGGUGUACUAAUAGUGGAAGGCUAAAGGUUUUUACAAAUGAAGCCAUCUUUGUAUAUUGAUAGUUCUUUUUUAAAGUGUGGUGAUACUAUUGCCUUCAGAGGUCUAUUCUGCUCUGGUUUUUUAAAAUAAUGAAAUGUUGAGGCAGACCCGCCGAGUGAUCUGCUCAAAACCAAAAAAAGUAAACAGCUUGUGAGCCCUUGGGAUUUCUUUUAUUAAGUUGAAACAAUAGAUACAACCUGAAUUCGUGAGAUAAGCUCCCACAGAACCAGGAUUUUAGUUUUAGAUUUGAACAGUUGCUGGGGCUUUGAUGCUGACUGUGGAAGGUCUUAUUCUCUCUCUCAGUUUCAGCUAAAAACUGGGGGUUCUCUUCCUGCUGCUAGAAUUGCAUGUGAGGCAAAUCUAUCUUACUGAGCUUGCCUUUGCCAAGGGUGUGUUUAUGUAAUAUUACUAUAUCGGAACAGUUAUUAAGUAGGAGCUAAUAUAUCCAAUAUUUUGUUAAGCAUUUUGAUUGUUACAAUUAAACCAAUUCUUUAAUUUUAAUUGUAUCUGUAUUUUAAUUGUAGUGUAAAAAAGAAGGGUGUUUGCUAAUGUUGCACAGUUUGACAAAUAGAAUUGCAUUUGGAAUGCAACACCUUAUAUUUGCCUUUAAAUAAGAUAAAAGUUAGGGCCUAGCCUAUCUCUUUGAUAUAUUUGCAGCGGGAACGCAAUAAAAUAUUAAUCAUGGAAAAAUUGAUACUGAAUUUGUCAUUGUCUCUACAAUAAUUUGAAGUUUACACAUCCAACAACUCUGCAGACACUAUUGUUUUUUGGUAUGUACCUUAAUCUUUUAACCUUCCUGAAAUGAUUUUAUAAUAAAAAUUAGACACUGUUUCAUUGGAGUUUAAUACUGCAACUAUACAGUUUGAAAACUGUUUACGUAGCUGGAAGAGGCAAUUAUGCUUUAUCA